AUGAAGAACUGUUGGAAGCCAAAACCUGAAGAACGCUUCGGCAUGAAACAAGUUCUAGCAGUUCUGGAAGCCGUCCACGAAGACAGCGAUUUCAGCACUCAGUGUGAGCUAUUCAUGGCGCAUAAACAGGAAUGGAGGAGUGAAAUUGAGAAACAGCGCAAAGAACUCGAGGCAGGUGAACUGAAAAUUGAUUAUGCGAAAAGAUUGCGGGAGCUGGAUGAGCGUGAGGAUGCACUAAAAAUGCGCGAGGGAAGCCAGCUAACGCCGAGUCCAGGCACUGCGGCACUUCUGGAAGACGUGUAUGAGUGGAAAGAAAACCAGGUCAGCCAGUGGAUUCGGCACGUCGGUCCCAAGCUGUGUCAGUCCUUCAAAAACACUUCAACUGCCUUGGAAACAUUGAACUUACUGAUGUCUGAUAGGACGCAAGAUUACAGUACUGAUAGAUCUAUAAAGCUAACUGAGUCGUUGUCAUUUGUUUCGCAAAUUUUCAACACUAUACAAGCAAGUUCUAGUCUAAAUUUUUCGCAAAUUUUUCCUUAG